AUGCUUUUCCUACUGACUUUGACCGUUUUAAUGUUAAUUCUUUUCUAUGAGCUUUACUGGAAAAGAAGAAAUUAUCCACCAGGCCCGAUUCCACUGCCAAUCUUCGGAAAUCUCCUCGAAAUCGCUAAAGCUCCACCCGGCUAUGAAGCUUUUCGAAAAUGGCGGAAAGAUCAUGGAUCAGUAUUCACUUUUUGGCUAAGUUUUAAACCAAUCGUGGUGAUUGCUGACUUUGAUCAGAUGAGAGAAACAAUUGUGAAAGAUGGAGACAAGUUUACUGAUCGUUUCUCGUUUGAGGAUUUCAAUCGUUUUAUCAGAGGUGGCCUUUAUGGAAUUCUCACUUCAAACGGGGAGAUAUGGAGAGAACAAAGAAGAUUCACUUUGCAUACGCUUCGCGAUUUUGGAAUGGGACGAAAUCUUAUGGAGACAAGGAUCAUGGACGAGGUGGAUGAUCUGCUUGAUCGGAUGGAUCGGCUAAAGAAUGACCUCAAUGUGCAAAAAGAGUUUGGAGUCUCCGUUGGCUCGGUGAUCAACAGUGUUUUGUUCGGGUACCGCUUUGAUGAGCAACAUCUCCACGAGUUCCAUUUUGUCAAAAAGGCAAUUCAUCAGAUCUUGGCCGCUGAAGCGAACCCGUUCUUUCUUGUCGGCGUCGCAUUCCCAAGAGUUCAUCAGAAAAACCACGAAAAUUUGAACGUUCUCUUCGAAUUUAUUGGACGCCAAAUCGAAGAACGAAAAAAAACGAUCGAUUUUGAGACUGAAGAUUACGAAGAUUUCGUUGAAUGCUAUGUGAAAGAGCAAAUCAAGAAGAAAGGAAAGGAGAAUGAAGAGUUUUAUUGCAAUGAUCAACUAAAAAACUUGGUGCUGGACAUGUGGGUGGCUGGAAUGGAGACCACGUCAAACGCAUUAAACUGGGCGAUUUGCUAUAUUUUGAAUCAUCCGGAAGUUCAAGAAAAGAUCCAUGAAGAGUUCGAUCGAGUGAUCGAUUCUGAUCGAAAGAUUACGACGAAUGACAAGAAUUUAUUGCCAUAUUUGAAUGCGGUUGUUAGUGAAGUUCUUCGUUUUGCGAAUCUCUUACCUCAAAAUUUGAUGAGAGUCACUGUUGAGGAUACGAUUAUUGCAAAGCAUCUAGUAAAGAAAGGGACAGCGGUUAUGCCACAAAUCGGAACGAUUCUCUAUGAUGAAAAGAUCUUUCCCAAUCCUCACCAAUUCAAUCCGGAUCGCUUCAUCAACGCAGAUGGUUUCAAACCGGUGUUUAUUGUGGCCGACUAUGAAACGAUUAAAGAAUCGAUUAUAAAAGAGGGCGAUAAAUACUCGGAUCGUUACGUUUUCAAGGAGUUCAAUGAGGUGCUCAGGGGUGGAACUUUUGGCUUGAUCAGCUCACAAGGAGAUCUUUGGAGAGAGCAAAGAAGAUUCACUUUGCACACUUUAAGAGAUUUCGGUAUGGGAAGGAAUUUGAUGGAGGAAAGGAUCAUGAUCGAAGUAGAGCCACUAAUGGAAAGGAUGGCUCAGCAGAAAGAGGACAUAUUUAUGCAGAAAGAGUUCGAUACAGCCGUUGGAUCAAUCAUCAACAAUAUCGUCUUUGGAUAUCGUUUUGAUGAGCAACACCUUGACGAGUUUGAGCUCGUAAAGAAAGCUCUCCGACACAUGAUCGUCGCUGGAACGAAUCCGAUUUUCAUUCUUUCCGCCACUCUGCCUUUCAUUCGAGGAUGGCCAAUUUUUAGGGGAAUUUACUCCGAAGUGCUAGCGAACAAUCAAAUUCUCUUUGACUUUAUUCAGCGACAAAUCGAUAAUCGAAGAAAAAAUGUCGACUUUGAUACUGAGGAAUACGAUGAUUUUGUUGAGUGUUGGUUGAAAGAGCAACGGAAGAAGAAGGGCUCAAUUCAUGAGGGAUAUUACACAGAUAUUCAACUCAGAAAUCUUGUUUUCGACAUCUGGAUUGCUGGAAUGGAAACCACGUCAAACACCCUCACUUGGGCAGUUUGCUACAUUUUGAACUACCCAGAAGUGCAAAGAAAAAUGCACGAAGAGUUGGAUCGAGUGAUCAAAUCGGAUCGAAAAGUUACGCUCGCUGACAAAAAUCAAUUGCCUUACAUCAACGCUGUUGUUUCAGAAAUUCAACGCCUAGCCAACUUGCUUCCGCAAAAUCUGAUGAGACUUGUCACCGAGGAUGCGGUGAUUAAAGGCUACAAGAUCCCGGCUGGAUCAGCUGUGAUGCCUCAAAUUGCGACUAUUUUGUAUGAUGACAAGAUUUUUCCCGAUCCGUAUAUAUUGAAACCGGAACGUUUCCUCAACCCCGACGGAACCUUCAAAACUUAUCCCGAGCUUGUCCCGUUUUCUGUUGGAAAGCGACAAUGUCCUGGUGAAGGAUUGGCGAGAAUGGAACUCUAUCUGUUCAUUUCAAACAUUUUUCAAAGAUUCAAGCUGACCGCCACCGAGCUUCCCUCGAUGAAGAAAGACAUGGGCCAAGUAGUCACAGCGAAACCUUACUUUUGCAAUGUUGAAGAAAGACAU